UUCAUUAAGGACUAAUAAGAAACUACCUAGAGCAAACGACAAACCGCCCCUGAGGCGAAUUCCCGCUAGCGCCGCAGGUCGUUCCUCAUCACGCACAUUCCCGCACACCGAAAUCUCCUUUGAUGGUCGCAUUUUCGGCGUGCAGGGCGACCAACCCCCUGCACAAAAGCGACCCAUCCCCCUCUACGCCGUGGCGUACUACGACCGAGUCGUUGACUUCCACGGCGCACCAGAUGAAAGGGAAACCGACAGUCAGUGGUGCACUGGAAGUGAGAAGGGACCGUGCGUGAGUUUGUGCGCGAAACGCCGCGUCGCGCUCGCUUCUCCUGCUGCCUGCGGAUCUGUUUACGACUGUUUUUGUUAUCGGUUGAACGGUGGCUGUGGGGGGAUGAUGAUGUGAGCCGUCGAGGAAGCCAGCUCAAUCACCGAAAUGGCAUCGAAGACACGAAACACCGCCUUCAGGAACAUUCGAAAUAACUAACGUGAAAACCAUGAAGAGCAACUGCAAACUGAAACAAUAACCGUUCACGCACACGACGAAAAAUAAAAAAAAAGAAAGCGAAAAAAUUGAAUAACAAUGGAGGACAGUUCGCCGGAUUUGAGUUUGAAAUUGCGCCGGGGAUCGAGCGAUUCCCGGGACUCGUUCUACAUGGAUUUCGACAAGGGCAUCGAUUCGGACAUCGAGGAGAUCGAGGCGACUUCCGGUGCCGAUCACGCGGACACCACCGCGGACACGACGGCCACCCCGACCGCCUUCGGGCCAGGCAAGAGCGAGGGAGUUAGCUGGCCAACAAUACCACCCCAGAACAUGAGCGGCGGCAGCCGAAGCAGCGCCCUGGGGGGUGGCGAUCCGUUGCUGCCGUCGCCGGCAUCGCCCAGCGCCGUGAUCGUGUCACCGGAGACGUUGAGCCACUCAUCUCCUUCCAAAUCAACCAGACAAUCGGCCCAUGUUCAAAUCGCACCUCCACCACCGAAAUCAGUUUCGCCCGGACCGCUUGCUUUAACCGCCCUAAGUUACUACCAAUACCAUCAGCAGUAUCCAGUUAUGAGAAGAUUAUCCAGAGCUGAGAGGCAAAUUGAAUGGCGUCAGCUCGGAGCGGACGCCCUGGCGACCACACUCUCCGCACUUUAUGGAAAGUUGCUUGUGGUAAUGGGAACGGCGUUCCCAAUGGCGGAAGUAAUUUCCACCUACAUCCCGCCCUCCUUCUACGAGGCUUACUAUCUCUACCUGUACAUCGGAAGCAUGUUUUUCCUGCUCUACAUGUACCUGGUGCUCCUCAGGGACAAACGCAAGCGUAAGAAGGAAGCCGACGCGACAGCAAAAUCAUCAAAGUCAAAGGAUGAGACAAGCAGUAGUAUAUCCACAGACGAAUCGGACAACACAACAGGUGAUUCCGGAAGCACCGUGGAUUCCAAGAAGUUCCGAUCGAGAAAGGUAUCCUUCUCCACCCAAAAGCACAACCACUACGGAAGUUUCUACUUGAGAAUGGGUGCAGUUGCUUUCGGUAUCGGGAGCAUGAUCUACUCGGGACUGGAAUUCGGACAAUACUUUGAACUGGAAACGAACACCAAAUGCCACAACGUCAUGUUGGCCCUGACGCCAGCCACAAGAAUGGCCUUUAUUUUUAUACAAAUGUAUUUUAUAUUCUUAAAUAACGAACAAAUGCGCGUUUACAAGCACAAGGUGGCUGCACGGUUCGGCCUAAUGCAUAUGAUAGGCACGAAUUUAUCGGUGUGGCUGAACGUUUUAGUGCAGGAGACCAAACACGAGAUAUUGACUUUCUACAAUCCCGAAAAUAAUUCCCUUAGGAUCUCUCACCGGAUUCCCUACAAAGGGAACAUCUUGGGCCUCCCAACUCCAUCCGACCAUCACCCGGAAAGUCACGGUCAUCACAUAGUGGCCAGAGGACUGAAAGGUCCCCACCAUCUUUACGAAUGCAGACGCACGAAUAUAAUCGGUUCCUUGGUGCAGGACGCGUCACCCUUCCUAUUUCCCUGCACCAUCGAGUACAGUUUGAUAUGCGCCGCUAUUUUAUACGUCAUGUGGAGGAGCAUAUCGAAACUGCCCCAGAAGGGGAUGCUCAGCUCCAAACAGGACCUGAACGCUUACAAAAGAAGUCCUCACCAUUAUUCGGUCGAUUGUGCCAGAGCGCACAAAGGCUUGUUUGUUGGGAUUUUGUUCCUGGUGUUGACUAUUAUCUCCCUCAUACUCUUUUUCGUGUUAAUAUCACGGGUGGAAUUCGUUGGAUUGGCUGUGAUUGAGGUGAACAUUUGCGAGUUAACUUUGUAUGGAUUGACGACACUAGCGUCGGUGAUUGGAAUGUGGCAAAUUCGGCAGCUCAAGUAUGACGGCAGUAAAAACUUGCAACUGGACAAUAUCCUCCUCAUAGGAGCACAAACCGGCAUGUUUAUUUACAGCACAUUUACUAUAAUCGGAGGUCAGUUUACAAUUCAGAAGAACACAGUUCUAGUUUUGGUGACCGCUUUGGCGUCUCUGCUCCAAACUACUUGCCAGACCAUUUUCAUCCUCGACGCCUCCCGAAGGGCAUGCAGCACUCCAGACCAAAUUAGAAAGAAGCCUGGAAGACAGAUCGUCACAUUUUUGCUCGUAACUAAUUUAGCCAUGUGGGCAAUCAAUACCUUAGAAAAAUCCAGAGCCGAAUCACAUCCAAUUCAAUUGCAUUUUUACGGAUUAUGGGCCUGGACCAUCAUCACACACGUUUCAAUGCCCCUGGCUAUUUUCUAUCGGUUCCAUUCCACUGUUUGUCUCUGCGAAGUUUGGAAGAGGGCGUAUAAAAUUAAGCCAACGUACAUGUGAAAAUAGAGCAAAGCGUGGUCGUCGUCAUGCUUUGCUCACCGUACAAUCAAUGACUAUGCUCGAUAGAUUGUAGAUCUGUAGGCUGUAGUACCAUAAACAUUUUUAAGACAAAGGCGAAAUUUUGCAACAGGCAACAAGGUAUUCUAAAGACUUUUCAGCAAACUGGAUAAUAAUUUCUGUAGUUGUAGAUUAAAACCUGAUUUGCUGGAGUAGUAGUUUAGAAAGGAAUCAAAGUACAAGCCACAUAGACCAAGACUACGUAGAUCUAGACUCAAUGAUAACUAUUUUUUACUGUGUACCUUUAUGUAGGUUUUAUAUUUGCUACAAGGUAUUAGAAACAACAUCCAGAUUUACGUCCAAAUUUAGACAAUUGCAUAAUUAGUAGAACAACCUUAGAAGAAAUCAUAUUUUCUUAUACCUCUCAAAUAAAAAAUUAUUUAAUAUGUAAAACACCUACGUGCAGAUGUUACUUCUAUCGUUUGAGUAUGUAUAAUUAAGGAGAUUUGUGUCAAUAUUAUAAUUAUUCAUUCAUGUGCCUGAGCAAUAUUAUUCAAAUGAUCUUUGACUUGAUUGAAUGAUUAGCCAUUUUUAUUCAAGUUUCAUUUAAAUAUUUCAAUAUUCAAACAAGAUUAAUAAUAAGUUAUGCGACAUUCUUGUUGAUUUUCUUAUUACAUAAAACACUUUAAAAAAACUUUGUAGAUUCCUCAAACUAGUUCAUGAUUUAGAUAGAAUUAGCUCUUUCUACUAUUGACAGAUACUAAAAAUACGUAUAUCUAUGUUGGAUAAAACUAUUUUAACCAAGUACCCUAAAUAUGUUGCACAUUUGCAAAUAGUUAGAUUGAGAUGUGAAAGAAAAUAUGUGUUAUCACAAAUACAAAAAAAUGUCUAGAAAUCAAAAUAUAGAUACCAAACUCAUAAUCAAAGCAUGUUGCUCAUCAAUAAAUAUUCAUAUCCAUCAUUUUUUAUAUAAUUAGGUAACAUAAAACUAGUCUUAAAUACUAAAUGUUAAUAUUUAAUCAUUCACAUCAUUUUCUACGUAAAUACUAAAAUUUUAUAAUAUCCACUUUGCAUAUCUAGUGCAUCGAAUAAAUUUUAUAACUAUAAGGUCAGUAAUCGAGUAUAAAUGUACGAAUAUUAACCAGUCGUUUUAGAUACCUCCAAAAUUAUAACAAAUUCAUCAACUUAAUUUCCUACAAUUAAAUUUUUUGACUGAACAAACUGGAAGUUCCGUAAAGAUUUUCCAGCUCCAAAUGGCUGUUGAUUUAAAUUAUAAUAAAAUUAAUGUAUGUUCUGUUGUAAUUUUAUAUUAAUUAUAUCAUGUACAAAUGUUUGGGAACAAUAUGAUAUUUAGAUGUAGGUUAAGGUACAUUAUAAUUUUGAUAAUCAUAUUUGCUCCAGUAAGAAAACCCAUGUUAUUGUGUGUACUGUUUCUAAUGUUGGUGCCAAUCAAAAGCUUGUUAUUGACUAUUUGUGAUUGUUGGCGAUGUGAAAAGUCGAUGAAAAGUAAACUGCAAUAAUUUAAUAGACCAUUAUUUACUACAAACCAAAUUAAAUUACAGUUAUUAGAGCUCGUGCAUAAUUCCACAUAUUCAUCGACUUUAGAUUAAUUAAUUGAUAUUUGUUUUGUGCCAUACAUUAAUUACUGUGUAAUAGUCGUUAGAUAAUUUAUUAAUAUAUUAUUAUUUGUUAUGUAUUUUACAAUUUUAUUGUAUAUAUGAGUAUUAUUUUAUUUAUUUGAUGUUAAUUUUAAUUGCAAGUUGUUUACAUAUGAUUAUGUAAAUGUA